AUGGAGAACGGUGGGCGGACGUCGCAGUUUAUCGUUGGCACUCGAUUUAUGAGGUCCUGGACUCCGAGCAGUCGCCAAGAGAGUGGGCGCCCGCGACAAAAAAUAGAGGAAGCGGACAAGAAAGAGAUUUGGAGACGAAAACUGGCAAAUGGUGGCUAUGACGGCGAUAUGAAGACGGCUGGAAACUUCGGGCGAGUAUUUGCGAAUGAAGGGGAAAAGGGAGUAAAAGAUGGGGGUAAGGGAACAAAUGAAGAGGAUAAGGGAGAGAACGAAAAGCGUAAGAGAGCGAGUGAAAGGGAUAAGGGAGAGAAAGAAGGGAGUAAGGGGGCGAAUGAAGAAGGCAGAAACUGGGGUGAGGAGGUGCUAGGGAUUGCGAAAGAGAGAGAACAAGGCAACAAUACUAAGGAGAUUCGAGCUACCGGAUUCUGUUGGAUUCGUGAAAAUGAAGGAAAGAUCGCAAGUUCUGUGAGCGGAGAGUUCUGUGCAGAGAGUUCAGGCAAACGUUCGAGGGGGUGGAGACACAAGCUUCGAUUUGGAGCUGGGGCGAAGACGAGUCUCGGUCAAUGUAUGAGAGCAGGGCGGGAGCCAGUGAUUUUAAAGGGUGAGACUCGAGUUGCGGGAACAAAAGGCGGCGCUCCGGUACUCACGUCGGGGUGCCACAAAGGGAGCAGACUUUUUUGA